CAACGGAACUACACUCCGAGACUGACAGUUGACGCGCCACUCAGAGCUUGGAGUAAUGAGGCGGGAAAGCAGAGAGAAACCGAAGAACAUUCAGAAAAAAAACACAGAAGAGAAAUUGAAAACCAACCCGAAAGUAGAAAUGAGCAAGAACCAGAAACCAGUAGACGACAGGUAUGCACAAUGGAAGACAUUAGUACCGGUUCUCUACGAUUGGAUUGCUAAUCACAACCUCGUGUGGCCGUCACUCUCUUGCCGAUGGGGUGCGGAGCUUGAAGAAUCAACUUACAAGCACCGUCAGCGUUUAUACCUCUCUGAACAGACUGAUGGAAGUGUUCCAAAUACGCUUGUAAUUGCGAAUUGUGAAGUUGUUAAACCUAGGGUUGCUGCUGCUGAGCAUAUUUCUCAGUUUAACGAAGAAGCACGCUCUCCCUUUGUAAGGAAGUAUAAAACCAUCAUACAUCCGGGCGAGGUGAACAGAAUCAGGGAACUGCCACAGAAUAAUAAGAUAGUGGCCACACACACUGAUAGUCCUGAAGUCCUCAUUUGGGAUAUUGAUGCUCAACCCAAUCGCCAUGCUGUCAUGGGAGCUCCAGAGUCGUGUCCAGAUCUGGUAUUAAAAGGGCAUACAGAUGAUGCUGAAUUUGCUCUUGCCAUGUGUCCAACUGCAUCUUUUGUGCUAUCUGGAGGUAAGGAUAAGUCAGUGGUGCUGUGGAGCUUAGAGGAUCAUAACUCAAGCUUGGCAGAUGGCCUAGUUUCGUCAAAAUCUUCUGGAUCUGGUGGCUCCAAAGCCAAACACACUUCUAAAUUUGGUGGCAGAAAUGAUAAAUUUACUAGAAGUCCUUCUAUCCAGCCCCGUGGUAUCUACCAUGGGCAUGAGGAUACGGUUGAAGAUGUUCAAUUUUGCCCAUCAAGUGAGACGGAGUUUUGUAGUGUGGGUGAUGAUUCAUGCCUUAUAUUCUGGGAUGCAAGAACUGGUUCUAGUCCUGUAGUGAAGGUCGUGAAAGCUCACAAUUCUGAUCUUCAUUGUGUUGAUUGGAAUCCUCAUGAUGUAAAUUUCAUUCUCACAGGGUCCGCUGAUAAUACUAUUCAUAUGUUUGAUCGCCGGAGGCCCACUUCUGGUGGAGUUGGGUCGCCUAUUCACAAAUUUGCGGGUCACACUGCUUCUGUUCUUUGUGUACAGUGGUCUCCACACAAGUCUUCUGUCUUUGGAAGUUCCGCAGAGGAUGGAAUCUUAAAUAUCUGGGAUUAUGGGAAGGUUAAUAAAAAGGAAGAUACUUUUGGAUUAAACUUGCCAAUGGCUCCUCCAGGAUUGUUUUUCCGACAUGCUGGACAUAGGGACAAGGUCAUUGACUUCCAUUGGAAUGCUGCUGAUCCAUGGACCAUUGUCAGUGUCUCUGACGAUUGUGAGAGUACUUCAGGCGGUGGUGGUACUUUACAGAUAUGGCGGAUGAUUGAUUUCAUAUACAGGACAGAGGAGGAGAUCCUCACUGAACUUGAAGAUUUUAAAAGUUAGAAGGAAGACUAGUUUUUUACUUUUUGAAAACUGAAAUUGCUGGGAAGUAUUGGGAGGAUGGCUGUGUAAUUAGAAGGCUUGGCCACCGUGUUUGGUUCUCCUCAAUACGUAGUUUGCGCAGUUUAAAAAUUGCAGUAUUGUACUAAUUAAUUUCCGCUAAUUUUUGCUAACAUAGAGUAUGUCCAUAGCUGAUUAAAAAGAACUAGUUUAGACCUUAUACAUUAUUGUUAUAAAAAAACUAUCCAGGUUAUGAUUAAAGUACUUUUUUGAUUUUGUUA